AACUACGUUUCAUCACUUAACUUGAACCAAUUGGUCAAUAACCAUGAUGCAAACCCCUUUUAUCCAGGAUGAGUUGCUAUAUAUAACACUGCUUCUUUCUUCGUGUGCAAUUCGAUUGGUGCAAUUGCAUAAGAGAAAGAGUUAUGGAAGCUACACAAAUUAGAGAAGAAAAUGGAGGGAGAAAGGGGGUUCAGGGAGGUGAUGCACAGAAAGAAAAUGAAGACAUUCUAAAGAAGAUCAUUGCAAGUCAUCCUUUGUAUGAAGUUCUGAUUGAAUCUCACAUCAACUGCUUGAAGGUGGGAUUGAACGGAGGUGGAGAGGUUGAUGCAACAACUGCUGCAUGGAAGAAGUUGGUCGACUCCAAGUCCAAAGCAACUUCUAGUCCUAACACUUCAGAGUUAGAUCACUUCAUGGAAGCGUAUUGCAUGGCACUGAGGAAGCUGAAGGAAGCGAUAGAAGAACCAACAAAAGAAACAAAUGCUUUCAUCAGAGCUACGUAUCUUCAACUAAAGGAACUCAAUCACCCAUAACUUUUUAUAAGCACUGCGAAUAUCGAUGAUGCUUUCUCUCGUUUGUGCAACUUUGUCGUUAGUUACUUACUUUAAUUAAUUAACUCGUUUUCUACGACAUCUACCCUCAACUAGUGCGUGUAGUAUUAUUAUUAUAUAUGUUCGUGUCGACAUUUAUAUGGUGUAUAUUAG